AUGUCCCUGGAAGACAUGGUUAAGUCACUAGCUGACAGCACUUGUCAAAUGCGACAGGACCAACAGAAAUUUCAACAGGACUCGCAGAGAUUUCAACAAGAGACACGCGCAAGCAUUAGGACCUUGGAGGCGCAAAUGUCACAACUGGCGUCUUCAUUGAGCAACUUUGAGAAUAGUAAAAGGAAGCUACCAGCUCAAGUGAUUCCCAAUGCAAUGGAGAAUGUGAGUGCAAUUACUUUGAGAAGUGGCAAAGAAUUGCAAGAAUAUCAAAAUGCAGUAUCUAAACAUGAUCUUAAAGAGCAAGUUGAGGAAGAAACAAUGAAAUCUCCAACUCAAACCCUUCCAAGAAAAGAGCCCAGAGAUACACCCCCAGUAGUAGUGACACCUCCUCCUCCAUUUUCCAGUCGAUGUGCAAAAUCCAGGAAAAAGGAGCAAGAGCAAGAAGUUUUUGACAUUUUUCGCAAAGUUGAGUUGAAGGACUUUGAAAAGAUUUAUAUAGGAGAAAAUGUUUCAGCGAUCCUACAACAGAAAUUGUCUUGUAAACAUAAGGAUCCAGGUAUGUUUACUGUUCCUUGCAAAAUAGGGAAUGUUAAGGUCGAAAAAGUAUUGAUAGAUUUAGGAGCUGCAAUAAAUAUUAUGUCUCGUUCCAUUUAUAAUUCUCUGAAUCUUGGACCAUUAAAAGAAACGAGUGUUAUUAUGCAACUUGCUAAUAUGUCUAAUGCAUAUCCUGAUGGGAUAUUGGCGGAUAUUCCAGUUCAAGUUGAUAAAUUGGUUUUUCUUGUAGAUUUCUAUGUACUAGAUAUGGAUGAUGAUUUUUCUGUUUCACCCCCAGUUUUGUUAGGUAGGCCAUUUUUAAUGACAUCUAAAACAAAAAUUGAUGUUUAUUCAGGAACCUUGACAAUGGAAUUUGAUGGUGACAUAAUAAAAUUCAAUACUUGUGAUGCCAUUAAAUGUUUCAGUGAGGCACAUUCUGCUUUUGUUAUAGAUGUAAUUGACCCUUUCAUGCAGCAAAAGUUUGAAUUAAAUGGUAGAGAUACGUUGAAGGUUGUAAUCAAUUGCAAUUUUGAUUCGCACAAGAUGUCAAGAGUUGCAAAGAAAUUCGAGUUACAUCCAGAUUGA